GGCGGUGGCCCAGGACAGCCUGAUGGCCGCCGUGAAACCCGCCCUCCAGCACCUGGUCAAGGUGCUUGCUGAGUCCAAUCCUGGCCGAUACGGUUUCCUCUGGCACUGGUUUGAUGAGAUGUACGCCCUUCUGGACUUGCUGCUCCAGCAACACUAUCUGGCCAGGUGCAGCGCCUCAUUUUCUGAAAACUUCUAUAGCUUAAAGAGGAUACCGAUAGGAGAUUGCAGACAGCAACCUCUGGCCACUGCUGGCCUACCAAAGAGGCAGCACUGGAAGUCUCUCCUCUUGCUGGUUCUUGUUCCUUACCUCAAAGGAAAGCUAGAGAAACUGGUGUCCAGCCUGAAGGAAGAGGAUGAGUACUCCAUCCACCCUCCAUCGUCAUCCUGGAAGAGGUUUUAUAGAGCCUUUCUAGCUGCCUACCCCUUUGUAAACAUGACCUGGGAAGGCUGGUUUCUUAUCCAGCAACUGUGCUAUAUCCUCGGGAAAGCUCAGCAUCAUUCACCCAUGCUGCGGCUGGCUGGCGUUCGCCUGGUCAGACUGAAUGCAGAGGAUAUCCAGGCCCUGGAGAAGAAAUUGGCUGGAGCCACCUCAAGUCAAACACAGAGCAUUAAAACACAAGUGCAGUCAGCAGUGAGGAAAGCACUGGGUGGCAUUGCCAUCUCCCUGUCCACCGGGCUGUCCGUCAGUGUGUUCUUCCUCCAGUUCCUGGAGUGGUGGUACUCCUCAGAAAACCAAGAGACAAUCAAAUCUCUGACAGCGCUCCCAACUCCUCCACCCCCUGUGCACCUCGACCACGGGGCCAGCUCAGCUCUCUUACCCAAACUGAAGACCGUGUGCCCUCUGUGCCGCAAAAUUCGCGUUAAUGCCACGGCCCUGUCCACGUCCGGCUUUGUGUUUUGCUACCGCUGUGUGUACAGUUACGUGAAGACUCACCAGCGCUGCCCCAUCACAGGCUACGCCACAGAGCUGCAGCACCUUGUCAAACUGUACUCUCCUGAGAGCUGAAAGGCCUCCCGGCGCUUACAGAGAGAGACAUCUCUGAAGGUAGCGGCUGGGUAG